AUGACUGACAGUGACCAAAGAUUCGGAACCCUCACGGUAUGGAGGGCUGUGAAGCAGACAAAGCAAAAUAAAUCACCCCAUCGAAGUGCCUUUGUCUAUAUGAUUUGGGGAGAGAUCUUAGCGAACCUUCUCAUCGGUAUCUUGGGAUGGCUGUUCCUGAACGGAGUCUUGCAGGCUGAUCCUGUUGUAUUAUUCUUUAUCCUCUUCUGUUAUGUCUUUGAGGUUCAGCUGUUGCUUCAGAUCAUUAUCAACCGUAUUGCUAUCAUUGUCGAGCGCAGGACAAUGGCAAAGAAGCUGAAAUGGGGCACUGCCAUCUUCAUCUCACUGGUCAACAUCUGCGUUAUGUGCAUUACCUACGUCGAGAUCAACAAGUACUGGGAUCGCGUCUCCAAAAUCAUCAUCUGUCUCGUUGACGCAGGCCUUAACUGGUACUUCAUUCAUGUUGUCGAUGCUCGCUUGGUCAAGCAACACGGUCUGCGCAAGUACAAGCCGUUGAUCGGAUAUUACACUCGUCUUGGAGUCUUGUCCAUCUGCAUGGACGUCAUGCUCCUCGGUUUGAUGGCACUUCCCAACCAGGUGGUCUACAUCCAGUUCCACCCUGUCGCAUAUGUGAGUCAUCCUAUCGUUCUGAGUCUUUUCAGUUCUCCGAUUCUACUCGAUUUGUUUGCGUUGAGGCUAAUCACAAUAUUANNGAUGGUCAAACUCUAUAUUGAGAUGAGUAUGGCCGACCUCAUCGUCAAGGUCGCAACAACAUCUGAAAUCGACGUCCGCCAAAACACAUCAUCUGGAACUCCCUUCCCUGACAGCAGAUCAUAUCCUCAGCGUACCUUCAACGAUCGCGACACUGUCAAUGGAGCCAAGAACACCGCGCAUAUCGGCCACACACAAGGCACCCAUACCAACAGAGAAGAUGUUAAAGGUAUUCAGAGACAGACAGAGGUCCAAAUCUUCGUUGGAGAUUCUGACAGCGACAACGUAAACGACGAUCUGGACAAGAUAUCAUCGAGAACAUCUGCCGAGAACAACUACAACAAUCAUGGCGCGCCUCAAUACAACUCCAACAACCCUUUCAAUAAGGUUCACAACCAACACCGUCGAUCCGACGAGUCACAGAUCCCUUUGAAGGAUCUCACCAGGGCUGGCGAAGCAGUAUAA